AUGGCCCUCUACUGCGGCGACAACUUCGGCGUGUACUCGCAGCCCAGCCUGCCCCCCGCCGCCGCCGCCCCGGGCGCGCCCCCGGCCUCCAGGGCGCCCUACACGCUGGCCGACUACGCCGCUCCGCCGGCCGCUGCCGCCAACCCUUACCUGUGGCUCAAUGGGCCCGGGGUGGGCGGCCCGUCCUCCGCCGCUGCCGCCGCGGCCGCCGCCUACCUGGGCGCGCCGCCGCCGCCGCCGCCGCCGCCCGGGGCCGCGGCCGGGCCCUUCCUGCAGCCGCCGCCCGCCGCCGGCUCCUUCACGUGCGCCCAGCGGCCCUUCGCGCAACCCGCGCCCGCCGCGCCCGCCUCGCCCGCGGGGUCCGCGGCGCCCGGAGAGCUGGGCUGGCUGUCCAUGGCCAGCCGCGAGGACUUGAUGAAGAUGGUGCGGCCGCCCUACUCGUACUCAGCGCUCAUCGCCAUGGCCAUCCAGAGCGCGCCCGAGCGCAAGCUUACGCUCAGCCACAUCUACCAGUUCGUGGCCGACAGCUUCCCCUUCUACCAGCGCAGCAAGGCCGGCUGGCAGAACUCUAUUCGCCACAACCUGUCGCUCAACGACUGCUUCAAGAAGGUGCCCCGCGACGAGGAUGACCCAGGGAAAGGUAAUUACUGGACUCUGGAUCCAAACUGCGAGAAGAUGUUUGAUAAUGGAAACUUCCGUCGGAAGCGCAAGCGGCGCUCGGAGGCCAGCGGCAGCUCUGCGGUGGCCACCGGGACUUCCAAGUCAGAAGAAGGGCUGUCCUCGGGAUUGGGGGCCCGAGUGGGCGGCGCCCCGGAGGGAGAAGGCCCCUCCUCUGUGCUGCGGCCAGCGCAGUCGCCGGAGCCUGAGGGCGCCAAGAGCCCCGCGUCCCCACCAGGUGGCCCGGUGCUGGCCUCCGCCCCCUGCCUCGGUGCCUUCUUCAGCAGCCUCAGCGGUCUCAGCGUCGGCAGCGGUGGGAGUGCCCAGCGCGCCGGCCCUGGCGGCCGCCACCUGGGGGCCCAAGGCCCUCAGCUGCCCUCCAGCAGCGCCUUCCCCGCCACCUCCAUCUCUGAGGCCUCUGCAGACACCUUGGCGCUGGGCACCAGCAGCAGCAGCAGCCAGCGAUCUUCCUACUACAGCCCGUUCCCGGCCAGCGCCGGUGGGGGCCAGAGCAGCCCCUUCAGCAGCCCCUUCUACAACCUGGGCAUGGUCAACAGCCUCAUCUACCCACGGGAGGGCUCCGAGGUGUAGGAGCCCUCAGACUUGGAGGCACUGCUGAGCAGAUCGAGGUCUGGGGUGGGGCUGAGCUUCGUAUUUGUUUGAACUCCUGGGUGAUCCCAUGGUGUAACUGCCAGGGAGCAGGGAACCCCCAGACCCCAGCAAACUUUUACAGAUCUCCUGAAGAUGGGCCUCUGGGCAGAAGUCUGCCUGCAUUCUGAGGCAGGUAGCCUGCAGCCCUGUGAGGCAGAGACUGGGUCUGGGGGCUUGUUGGUCUGUGCCGGGUUGUGGGCUCAGGGAUGCUCAAUUGGAGCCCGCCCUGAAGUCCCUAGGUGGUAAACAGCAGCUGGCACUUGGAGCCGGUGGUUGAACCCACCAGCCAAAGGCUCGGAAGCAGCUGGCCAUCCCCUGUCCUACUCUCUGAUCUUUUCUAGAAAAGCCAGGUAAUUUGGCCUUUUAUAGGAAACUUCCAACUUUGUGUCCUUGGCCUCCAGUUAAAGUUUGUAUCAGUGUGCCAGGAAGCACUACAAGUGUGCAGCAAUUCACCUCUGACUGGUACCUGUGACAUACUUAUUGCCUUAAGGCUGCCCUAGGUACCAAGCAUUGCCCUAGUCUCAAUGGGUUUAGCCCAUCAAGUCUGCCUCACAGGGGUGGCCACAGAGCCCUGUCCCACACUUGCUGUCUAUGCAAGCGACAUGGACUUCUGAGAUGAGAUGUGACUUGCCCCAGGUCCCAGGGAGAAAAUGGUGGAACUGGGCCUGGCUGCAGAGCUGGAGCUGGUAACCUGUAUCCCAGCUGCUGAGACCAACUGCACCGUGUCAGGCUAAGGAGGCAGGCAUGACAGGAGCUGGGUCUCGCCCCACCAGAGACUCUGGUGGAAAUGGCAGUCCCUGGCAAUGCUCCCCUGGGCAGGAAGGGAAACGCUCACUGGCUCUGCCUCACCUCCUGCCCAAGUCCAAGGCUGAGGUGACCGCUGAGCCAGCUGACCAUGGUAGCCUGUCCCUCUUAGCUCCUGUCCUGGGCAUUUCAUUUUGUAGUCAAGUAUUGUUAGAAUUUUAUUAAAAAUAGUUUUAAAAUGGAAUUUCAUAGCUUUUAAUAUGAUAAACCAUUUGUGCUCAAAUUUUAAAAAAAGAUGAUUUUAUUUAUAUUAGCACCCUUUCAUUCAGAGGCAUGGUCCCUUGAGUAACUCUUGCCCUCACCCUCCCAGGGCCCAGCAGAGACCUGGCACCUUACAUGGCAAACACUUGGCCAUUAUUGGUGGACUAGUGAGUUAGUAAGAAAAUGUUAAUUAAAAAUGACACCCUGGGAACAGCAUUCUAUUCAGAUGAAGAUAGUCUGAGUCCCCUUUAUCAUGGUUUUGAGCCUUUGAUGUGAGCAUUUUUUGUCUGGGGUUUGGAAUUUUCUAGAAACAGGAUCACAUGCACAUUGUAAUUAAAAAAAAAAACUGUUUCCUGAAUACUCCUGAAGAUACAAUAUUUUUUUUAAAAAAUCCUUAUUUUGAAAUAGAGCAUGUGGAAAAAAUCAUGAACUUAUUGAGCUCAAGAUCGUCACCACUACCUUUUAUACAAAGACAACCAAAGAGACUCCCUACCCUCUACUAUGUGUACAGAAAACCAUUUCUAUGGAUAUUUUUGUAUGUGAGCAAGCAUAUGAACUUUUAUAAAUAUUGUUUCUAGCACAACUCUAUAUUUGUGA